UUCCACCCCUGCGAGUCACUCGUAACUCCGCGUCCUUUUUACCAACCCGUAUUCCUCGUGUCUUCCAUUAGUAUCUUCUCGCUCAAUCCACACACACACACACACACACACACACACACACACCCUUUUUCUCUCUCUUUCCUUCUCGAGUCGCCGAGUCUCGUAUCCAGCUCGUUCUUCCGACACACAUCCUCAAUUUCACCCCGGUGUACACGACAAUCGCCAGCGGUUCCUCUUAUUUCCGCUUCACCUCGAGAGAGGAAUCUUCUCUCCGUAUUCUCUCCCGAAGUUCGCUCACCUACUCUUCGCUACCUGUCUUCGGGAUACCGUCUCGUGGCAUUGACACUGCAUCGUGUGUACAUGUGUGUAUGUGUGUGUGUGUGUGUGUACAACGAACGACAAAGCGUUGACCCGCCCCGCCGCGUGACUGUCUUUCUCUACUUCUGCCAAUUUUCCCCACCAUCGUCGUCGUGUACGUCGUCGCCUCGCGUCUUUCGUCCCUUCAUUCCGUCCCAUCCUUAUCCACUUUCGUCUCUCCCCCGCACGAGAUUCAUAGGUCCUUUCUGCUCUGUCGCGAUCCCAUUGCUUCCGUCUCGCUCUCAAUCUAUCCUUCUCUCUCUUUCUCCCCUCCUCUUAUCGCGGCCCCUAGUCGGUGGAUCAGUUCUUCCUCUCUUUCGCUCUCUCGCUCUUCAUCCGAAUACACGGUGUCCAGGAAGCACCGUUCAGGCGAUUUUCUCUUUGCCGCAACUCCAAGCGCACCGUCCCCUUUCCGUUCUCCCCUUCACACUCGACGUUAACGUAAGUUCGCGAUGGACUUUACACUGAAAUUCUCCGGAAGCUCUAAAAUGAGGCAAGAACCAAAUCAGAGUAGAUCGUCCGCGAUAAUUUUCACGAUCUGUCGAUCAUAAUCGCGAUCCCUCGCGAGUAACCGUGAAGCUUCAACGUCCCUUUACACUUUCGAUCGCGAACGGCAUGCAAAUCGUCGUCGACUGGCCUGUCAACGUCGACGCCAGCGGAAAUUCGGCAAGCCGGAAAAGAGGCCCACCUCCCUCUCAUCGCUCAGCUCAGCACGAUCAAUCCCUCGUUCCUCCUCUUCAUCUCUUCUCCCGUGCUCGCGAUUCGUUUCUUUCGCGCCGCGACACCCUGUACAUGCGUAUCACGCGCGCGCGCGCGCUCCGUCCUUGUCCCGCGCGCACCCCCGGCGAGGUGGUGGCGUGGUCCAGCGUGUGUCAGCCGUGCGGGAUGCUGAGUCCGUAGUAGAGAUUCAGUCGUACUGCCUUGGCUCCUCUCUGCCGGAGAGGCGCAACUAGACGAGACGCCCGGCGACACAACCGGCGUGUCGACCGGCGAGUGUUGCAUCCGCGUGCCGCAGCCGACUUUCCUUUUUCCCUCGGCGGGUCCCUCCUCGUCGCGACGCGGCCGUAGGACAUCGAAGAACGAGGAGGAACGAGGACGACUGCGAGAUAAUGGGUGCACCCGCGUGAGUCGCGCGCGCUGGAGGAUCUCGCUGGGGUAGCUCGGUGUUGCAGGGUCCACAUCCGGAAGCGAACGCGCAACACACGACGCGACGCGGAGGAGGAUGGGGGUGUACGUAACGGGUGUGAUUGGCGUGAUUGUGUUUUACAUCGCCGUGCUCGGCGUCGGCAUUUGGGCCGCGGCGUUCAAAAGACGGAAGGCCGCGCAGGGCCAGGAUGACAUGAUGCUGGCGAACCGCGGCCUCGGCCCUCUCCUCGGGGUGUUCACGCUCAUCGCGACGUGGGUCGGAGGAGCCUUCGUCAAUGGCACCGCCGAGGCGAUGUUCACCAAGGGUCUGGCCUGGUGUCAAGUACCUAUCGGAUACAGCCUCAGCCUGCUUUUCGGCGCCAUGCUCUUCGUGCGUCCGAUGAGGAAGGCCGAGUACGUGACGAUGCUGGAUCCCUUUCAAGAGCGGUACGGCGCAGGUGUCGGCGGCUUGCUCUUUCUUCCGGCGCUGUGCGGCGAUCUGUUCUGGUGCGGCGCCGUUUUACGGGCUCUGGGGAGCUCGUUGGCUGUCGUCGCCGGGGUCGACCCGAAUAUCAGCGUUUGCGCUUCGGCGCUUCUGGCGGCCAUAUACACGGUCUUCGGCGGCUUGUAUUCCGUCGCGUGCACCGACGCCUUGCAACUGCUGUGCAUUCUGCUGGGCUUGGCGAUCGCGGCGCCGUUCUCCAUGGUGCAUCCCGCGGUGUCGUUCGAGAAGAAUCUGGCCCUGAGAGACUGGCUGGGACAGAUAAAGAACGAGGACUUGGGUGUGUGGGUGGACGGCAUGCUCCUGCUCGUGUUUGGCGGUAUACCCUGGCAGGGUUACUUCCAACGAAUAUUAAGUAUCAAGAGCACCUCUGUGGCGACGACUCUGUCGAUAGCUUCGAUGUUCGGCUGUAUGAUUCUGGCGAUACCGUCGGCCUUGAUCGGCGUGGUCGCUCGCGCUACCGAUUGGUCCUUAAUCCCGUCGUACAACAGGACCUUCUCCACGGAUGACGGGAACGCCGCGUUGCCCAUGGUCCUGCGAUAUCUCACGCCUCAAUGGGUGUCCUUCGUCGGUCUCGGCGCGAUCUCAGCGGCGGUGAUGUCCUCGGCGGACUCCAGCAUACUCGCCAGCAGUUCCAUGUUCACCAGGAACGUCUACAAGCUCACGAUACGGCCGAAGGCGUCCGAGCGUGAAUUGAAUUGGGUCCUGAGAAUUUCUGUCAUCAUGGUCUCCAUACUGUCCACCCUCGUCGCACUCAUGGUCAGCAGUGUGUAUUAUCUCUCGUACUUGUGCUCCGAUCUCGUUUACGUCGUUCUGUUUCCACAACUGUUAGCCGUCGUUCAUUGGCCUUCUUUGGUAGACACUUACGGCUGCCUAGCGGGAUACUUCAUCGCAAUCAUUCUACGUCUUGCUGGAGGCGAACGGGGACUCGGUAUACCCGCAUUGAUCGAGUACCCGUUCUACGACGCAAGAACGCACACGCAGAAGUUCCCUUUUCGCACCACCGCCAUGAUAAUCGCCCUCUUCACUCAACUCUGCACUAGCUUCCUCACCAGGAAUCUCCUUGGCAAGGGUUACUUCCCGGAAUGUUGCGACGUGCUGAGCGUUUACUCACCUGGCAAGUCUAAGGAACCAUCGGGUGUCGUGCAGAGCAGUUCCGGGGCCGCGCUCAUGGAUUCGUCCUCGAAAUCGACAUCAGGUAUAGAUUCAUGCGACGGGGUUGGCGGCUACGACGACGAUAGAACCUGCAGCCACGACGACGCGGCCGACAGCGGCGGCGGCGGCGGCGGCGGCGGCGGCGGCGGCGGCGGCGGCGGCGGCGGCGGCGGCGGCGGUGGCGGCGACGUCGACUCAGCCGGCAACGAUCUCGCCGAAUCUUCCAGGACGAAGAUUGUCAACACGAUCGCGCAGAGGGUGGCGAGUCAGAAUCUGCAGAACAUGCAGAACCUGCACAACUUGCAGAACCUGCGUAACGUGAUGACGCCGAUGCGACACGUCACUCCUACGGUGAUGAAUCAGUAUACGCCGGUUCCAGGCGACGCGUGCAGAGGUCAGAUUCUCGGGGUGAGGAACUUGCGCGGUCCCCUCGCCGCGGUGCUCUCGCCCACGAGGUCGAUCGGUGUGCUGGCGACGCCGCCGAUCACGCCGUGCGCGCCGUCCUACGCCAAGGUGGGCUGCGAGCUCGGGCCGAGCAGCGAGAAGUCGCGCGACAACGACCGAACGAUCAGCAUCGUCGACAGGAGCAACAUGGAGUUCAAUCUGAACGCGAGCACCCAGGAGAACGCGACCGCCAGCGUCGGCCCGAAGAAGAGCGUGAAGGGUGUGAAGCUGGUCGGCAUGGAGGGCGGCACAUUGAGGAGGCCGUCGCUGCAGGGCACGUUCUCGCCGACGCCGUCGGUGGAACUGGUCCACAUUCUGGACAGGAGGCAGAGCAGCGGCUCGUACGGGCCCGGUUCGCUCUCCCCCGUGCCGUCAAUGGGGAUUGAGGCGUGCAAGACCCACGGGACCGCGACGGAGGGUCAAGGUGGAAACGAGCAUUGCAGGAUAAAGAGGGGCAUCGUGCGGCAUCACAGUUUGCGCAGCUUCAAUGACACGGGAGACCGAGCGCUGACGACGCUCGCCAGGCAGCCGACGUAUCCGUCGAUGCCGCUGAGGCCGGAGGACUGCCGCAUGACCUUGGCGAAGAAGGACAGGCGACUGUCCACCAUCGGCAGGCACUCGUCGGUGACGAACGAGAGCGAGCUCGGCAACACGAGCAGCAUGGUGGUGUGCAGUCCCACGUACGGCAUGUACAAUUCGGCCGCGAAGAGCUCCAACUACUUCGUCGCCGAUGACGAGGCCGUCAGCAGAUUCUAAGAGGAUGUAGGGGUGGAAACGUCGGGUUCGAGGGGGAGUAUCAUCACGGUUUCCCUCCGGUGUAAGAGGAGAGGUUGAAGCCGGUACGCUAGGUUUGGUGCGAGGGCUUUAUCGGGAUUCGUACUCAGUAAAUUUCUUGGAGUGAAACUCCAUUAGAAAAGUAGAGUAACAGCCAGAGUGAUUUGAGUGACUUUCGAGUGUUUAAAACGAUGGACAAAAAACGAUAAGAUUGCAUUACAGAGUUACGUCAAUGUGUUUUGAAUUAAAUCGUUUUAGAUCGGGCCAUGGGAUUGCAUUUAACAAGCUCAGUUUGAAUUUCAAUGCGAAUCAAUCGUCAUCUUAUUGAUUCGGGUUGAUUUGGGCUGAAAUUCAGGUUAAACUUUAUGCAAUGUUACCUGGUUUCGUAUCCAUCAUUUUAAACAAAGUUUUCACAUUUUCAAAUACGUCGAGUUUCGCUCAUACAGAGUGAAUUCUUCACUCUUUGUAGAGUGAAUGAUUCAUUCAAAAUUGAAGAGUCAAUCCACUGUACUCCAUUGUCUUGCAGCGACAACCUAGUAAACAUCAGUAAAAACUAUCAAUAACAUUACACUCAACAGUGUGAAAGCGAUAUAACGUGUGUUGCAAUAGUUACAUCGUUGAAACCAAAUCAAGUAUUGGUCUAGAUCGCAAAAGUCUAAAAUAUCGGAAUGAAGAAUCCACUUCAAGCUUGAGUGAAACAUUUACUCUUGUGAUUCUUGGUAGAGGUACUUCCACCGUUGUUCUCAGUGAACUUUUCACUCGUUUUCACUGAGAUUUUACCCCCGGAAAAUUUAGAGAGCAGUACAACCUUUCGCGUCGCGUUGUUCUCGACGAUAUUUGGCAAGUAUGACAAGCAUCCAACGCCCACCUACUACACCCCGAGAACACAAGGAACAAGGACAAUCGUAAAACCCGCCCCAGUGCCACUUGGUGAUCUCAUUACACCUUGAUUUCAUCGGUUACCCGGUGGAUUCUGUUAGAUUACUUUCACGAAGAUCGCGUGACUCGCGAUGAAUGUGAAAACGCGGUGUUUCCACAUUUCACGACGUCACAAACUCUCGUUCUUCUUGCAAGGUAAAAAGUUCCCUUCGAUUGUUCUUUCAUUCAUUCCCGCAGAGUUUGCGCGUGUACAUUUGUAAAACAUAAUGAGCGCUUGAAGGCGAAGCUUUCCUUUCGUCUUCUGUGCGAGUAAUUCUCUCGUUCGCUUCCAUCUCAAAAAGGGUGAUCGCUUCAUCGGUCAACCAUCUUGUAUAUUGACGCGAGACUACAUAUGUAGCCCUUAGAAGUCCCACUACUUACCAAUCUUCAGACUGACAAAUAUAUACGGAACCAAUAGCUCGUAGGUGAUGUAAUCAAUUUUGUACAAAUCGCAGAAAAGGAUCUCCUCCUUCGCAACAUUCCACUUAAAUCAAUAAGGCAAAGGCCGGAGGAAACGUUCGAUGAGAACCGAAAGACUCGGCUGAUCUGUUAUAAAUACUAGGAGAUAUUCAGUGUUUUUGUACACACACACACACACACACACACACACACACACACACACACAUGCACAUAAUUCAUUCAGUAAUUAUGCACAUACACUUACACGAGAACAAAGAGAAAGUUUUACGGCGCGCGUUUUCCAUAAAUCCCAGUUAAUUAUUAGCGAUAAAGUAAUAAUUUAAUGGUAAUUUUUCUGAUACACGUAAGAGAGAGAAAGAGAGCGAUGUACAUGCUUAUCGUUCCCCUAAUCUAAUUAAAGAAGAGGGCGGAAGAAAAAAGAAGAAGUGCAGAAGAAGAACGAAGAAAUACGCAAUUCGGUAAGCGCGAUUGAGAAACGAGUAACGCUGCAAGCUCCGUCGAGCGGCGAGCGGAGCUCGAGUCGUUGGUAACGGAACGUCCAAAGAAUGUCACGUGCAAAUUUACGAUAUGUCACAACAAGAAAGUACGAUAUUUUUCCACCGACGCGAUAUAUCUCGUUAGCUUUGUAGUGUUAUUGUACAACUAGUCAUGUACGCGAUUACAAGCUCACGGUUAAUCGGUGUUACAUUAGCGGGAACGCAGAUCGUUCCCUCCUCGGCUCAAUACCGAUAUUUAGGAAAACUUAAGAUGAAAUAAUAUUUAAGAGGACUGAAUACGAAUGAUAUUUGACAGGUGAUCACUUCGACGCCGACAUUAGGACGCUUUCACGUUGAGGAGAGAUCAAGCCGCGAGAAGAGUCUCGUCCCUUUGUAAGAUCUUUGAAUUUUCAUUAUUGCAAUUGAUUAUUCUAUGAAUUUUCAAAGUGAAAAAGGUCACUCUAGAUAUUGAUAUAAUACAGUUUUGUAUUUUGCACUGUUUCUCUAUGUGGUUACGUAGAAUUGCGGCCACAAAAUGAAAGUGCAAGAGUCAACGAAUGGCGGAGCAUCCUACGCCAUGUCAAAAACAAAAGAGAAAGUUUUGUAAAUAAAACAUUUUCAAUUUUUGUUAUAACAUGAGGCACUUCGCCAAUUCAUUGACAAUUGUAUUUUUAUUCUGUAUACUCCAGUAAACACCAACCGUCACCUAAAUAGCAGGAUAAAGUCAAAUGAGACGUUAGAGACGUCAUUAACGCAUCAUUAAAUACUCUGACGAAAUGGACUCCGAUCUCACGAGAGAAAUCGACCUCUCAUAUCUCUUGACGUUUAUUCAUCGAUAAAUAAUUUAUUAUUGAAUAUUUUUAUCGCGAGUAAUUUAUUGUCGAAUAUUAUUAAUGAAUAUAAUUUCUUUCUUCUGUGUUUUCUCCAGAUUGUAAGGGUUAAGUAUCUUCCACAAAAAGUUCUUCCAUUCAAGCAAUAUAUUUGUCUAUAAAAAUUUUCACUUGACGUUACCAUAUUUGCUGGGCAAGUAACAUAACACCAAAGCUAUUGAUCUCCUACUUAACAAUGUAAAUGCGAUAUAACGCGUGUAUUGUAUAACAGUUACACUGUUAAGUGGGAAACUAUGACAUUGACAUAAUGUUAUUGUCGGUUGAUGCUCAUUGGCCUGCGGUUCUGCCACAAAAACAGCCGGAAACAGCGCAAACUUCUGAGAAACGUGUAAAACAGAGUAUCUUCUUUUUGUAUGUCAUUGAGUACAGACGCGCGUCGCCUGUGAGUAUCAUUCCUAUACGGCCGUUAAUUUAUACACCUUUCCACUGUAAAUGAGACCACUCGGAUCUCAGCGAUUAACGCUGAGACGAGUCGUAGCGGUACUUAAAGUGAGUGAGACUUCAUACUCGGCGAAUCGUUCUUUAGUAUUUCUUGUACGUACUUUUGUAAGACGAUGUAAGAUAUGGCGGACACGCGACGAGAGAGGUGAACAUCGAAUACCUGCAGCAGUAUUAUUAAACUUAGGCGCGGGCGACUUAAUGGCGCUCGUGGGAGGAGAAACCUCGUGAAGGGCCGCUCCGGCCCUUCGUAGUCGUACUUAACUCUUUAAGGUGGACUAAUCGCUACCCGACGAUCCGAUGAUCGCAGGAUUUGCCCUCAUUUCUCAGACAUCUGCGGCUUGUUAAACGAAAACGUUAGCUAUGGCGUUCGUGUUGCGGCAAAUGUUCGUUUCAACGUUAAUCCUUGCGCUGACUUUUGAAUUCAUUUCUCGUCACUUCACUUCUCGUUUCGCUUCGUUUCGCGUCAAGAUGUCACGUUAUACUCUGUGCAAUACCUGUAUAAAACCUGAUAUAGUUUAAUGUGUCUAUACUUCGUCGCUUCCCUCUCGAUUUGACGCGACCAUCGGAACUUUUGUAAGAAAGACACCCCUCCUAACGUACGCGUUUAUACCUGUAUCACGUAUAUUAUACACAAGAUAUAAUUGAUAAGUAGUGCGAGGACAAGUAUUCGUUUUCGGGUAAAAACGCAAUCGAUAUUGCGCAUCGUGAAUUAUGUGCCAAAGCGUAGGAUAAAGAGAAUGUCGUCGGCGUGUCCUCAAUAGUUCAUAUCGAAGAGGAUCCGUUUUUUCGAGGAUUGAAAUCAACGCGGACGAAAUGGAUUCCGGUCUCACAAUACCGAGAGAAACCGAUCUCUCAUACCUCUUAACGUUUAUUUAUCGAUGAAUAAUUUAUUAUUGAAUAUUUUUAUCAUGAGUAAUUUAUUAUCGAAUAUUAUUAAUUAAUAUAAUUUCUUUCUUCUGUGUCUUCUCCAGAUUGUAAGGGUUAAGUAUCUUCCACAAAAAGUUCUUCCAUUCAAGCAAUAUAUUUGUCUAUAAAAAUUCAUUAAGUUUAACAAUUUUUUCGUGCUUUUUUUCCAAUCAGGCAUAAGAUAUGACAAAAAUUGAUAUAUUUUUUUAUUUUUGAAAGCGACAUAUCACAAGUCAAUUCUAACAAAAAAUCGCUUGUUUCUACGUUGUGAAUUAGGUAUGUUCGUGUUUAUGCAUAUAGAAAAAAUUGCACAUAAUCGUAUCAAAAUUCUGAAAAAUCACAUUAAUGGCAAAUCCUCGACGAUACUAAAAUCUAUUUAUAUUUUUUAGAUCAACGUAAGAAAUCAUAUAGAUCACAUAAUUCGAUUCAUGUGAUAGAAAAUCCUCUUUUACAAACCAGUGUUAUUAGUCGGGUAACUGCUACAUCUAUAUUAUUAUGACUGAUUCGACAAAUUAAAAAGUUACAGGACAGAAGUAAAAAUUAGAUAAAAUUUGGCAGAAAAGUUGCGAAAAGUUGUAGUUGAGUAUAAAUUUCUUUGUCAUGUAUAUUUACACAUUUAACAGUAUCUUGUUAUAAAAAAAUUACAUUUUACGGUGAAUGUUAACAUAAUUUUAAUUCUGUUCUGCAAAAGAAACAAUAAUCAUGGUCUUGUCGUUUCAUCGUUGAAAUCAAUGUUCCACUCUGAUUAAUAACGUCGAGAAUUGAAUCCAUCGACUUUCCACCGAUUUCAACACUCUAUUUACACCCGCAGAGGACCGAUCGCGCAAUUCUUCCGCAGAUAGACUGAGAGAUCGACAUGAUGGAACGAAUUCGUGUCAAGAACUUGUAAAUUUCCUAUCGACGCGAGAAGAACAGCUCAAUUGGAUCGCGUGAAUGUUCGCUGAGAAAACGAAUGCAUUCUCGAUUGAGGAUCGCACGAUCGAUCCUCCCGAUCUGUUCGAUGGUGAACGGACGGCCGACGUACAAGUUUUAGCCAUGUAAGCUUGCCUUAACAUAAGAAUAAUCGUUCAUUACAAUAGUGAACAAAAAAUGGAGGAAGAGAGAAAAGUGAGAGAGAAGGGAGAAGCGUUUACGUCCGAGACUCGUUCUUAGGUAUUUUCGUCGUACCAUGUAAGUCACUCGCAUUAAUUAGUCUCCAUAGUUAGUUACUACCAGUAUCUGUACCAUAAUCGCGAUGAUUAGGGAUAAGGGAUCGCUGUAAGGAAACGAUUCGCUCAAAGUGCCGAAUAAAGCAAACACGAAUGCGUAUUCGUAAGAAUAAUCAUUUAUUCAGAAAUAUAAGCCUACUUUACGUAGUCUGUCCUUAGUACCUCCUUAACUUGCUACUUAAACUUCUUGGAAUGAGAUUUCCCUCGAAAAAUAAAACGACAGAGAGUCGAAUCCUUUAAAUUAUUGAGUGAUUUUUCACUCACACAGAAUGAAUUCUCCAUUCUGCGCUAAAAAACUACUGGAAAAUCCUAGACGGCAGGAAAAAUCUGUUUAUACUUUUUUUUAACAUAAAUUCAACAUAAAAAACAUUACAUAGAUUACAUUCCAUAGAUAGAAUCCUAUAUUCUAAGUAAAAACUCAUAUUGAAAAAAUCCUCUAAGAGGAAUAUUGCAAUACUAUUCUUUUGAUAAAAAUUUAUUUUCUAAAAGUAACGUCUUGAGGCUAUAUGUACGAGAAUCCCGUUAAGAAUAAAAUUAUAUAUUUUUGAGUGUGAGUCAACUGAAUAUUUUCCCUUGAAGGAUUAAUCCGUAUCCCAUCGUCACAGGAACGCAAAUUCACUCUAGUUGAUUGUUUAAUCAACUAGUUAAUCGAAAUGUUCACUCACACGGAGCAAGAGGCCAUUUUAAGCUUGAGCAAAGUAUUCACUACUGCGACUUCAAAUGACGAUAUAUUUUAAUUCUAAAUUUUAUUAAUUUUAAUAACUUUCACUCGUUUCGAGUGAGAUUUCAUUCCAAGAAUUUCAAACAAAACUAAUUGGAUAUCUUUCACAAUAACGAUUAAAGUUCAAACGACGUGUUCUGAAUAUUUCUGCUGGCACAAUUUGCAACAAGGGAUAAAAUAUGAAACUACAUGGCCUCGAGUAAAUGGAAUUCUUUGGCGCUCUAUAUAUGAGGGAGCCAAAAUAUAUCGAGAAAGAUAAGCACGAUGGGUACCGUUCUCGCGCGUAACUUUUCCAUCCGAAGAUUCGAAAUUUGAGCUCCACCUGAACUUGACUUCGAUCGCGAGAUAUCGACCCGUCGAUGCUACGACAAUUCCAGUUUUGGAAAGAAAAGUAUAACUAGUUUAUGUAACAAUUACAAAACAUGGAAAAAUCGUCAGAAGAUGUGGGACUUAUAACUUUUGCUUAAUUAACGAUAACUUAAAGUGAAAGAAAAUUAUAACGUGUGUUUAAUCUACGCUAGGACUCCUGGCUCGUCGCCGUGAAACUCUUAAUUGAUGACGUCUGAGGCGAGGAAAUAAAAAUUCUUGUGAAAUGCGUUGAAAUAAAAAGAUAUACUCAUAAAAUGACAUUUGCAAACGAUCGAUCAGAUCCAUAAAAUAGACCUAACAUUUUUCCUCUGCUCUAACAAUCAAUAAACAACCGUAAGAUUAACGCAAUAAAGUCACAAGAAAAAGUAGAUUAAAAAGAAAGAUUGCAUGUCACAUUAAUUUUAAUUAUUUAUUUAUUGUUAGAAUAAAAGUGCUUGGACUGUUUUAUACAUCUGCUCGGUCGAUGGUCAUUUCAUGGAUACAUCUUUUUGUUUCUAAAUAUUUUGCAAGAAUUUUUAACGUGUUUUUUCUCGCUUCUGACGUCGUAAAUCAAGACGGCGACGGCGAGAAGCCAAAGGCCUAAAACUCGAAUCAGACUAGCGAUUGUCAAUUGACAAUUAGUAUUUGACCAGAGUAAUACAGCCAGUAGCUGCUUUGCUUUAAUUGGUUAAAAACUAAUCGUCAAUCGUUAAUUGUCAAUCGGCAAUCGCUAGUCUGAUUGGCUUAAGACCAAAUCAUAUUAACAAUUGCAAAUUGAAUUGCGAUCGUCAAUUACUUUUCUACCAAUCAGAACAAAACAGCCACCGAUCGAGAUUAGUGACUGCAAUUAGACAAUAUUUUUUUUUUGUAAUUGUCAAUUACGGACUUCACAGAGCGAUAGAUGCGGCAUCAAUCCGCAUAUAUAUUUACAGGAAUUAAAAGCUAAUUAUAUUAAAAGCUAAUUAAGAAAAAUAUGUAAAUUAUACAAAUCGCGUUACAUGUAUGUUACCUACAAUAUACUAGAGUAUAAUUCAAUAUGUACAAAACAAGUCAUUUAAUGUUAUGUUCUAAAAUAUCUUAGUUGCUUUUUAUAUCAGAGGAAAAUAUGUAAGGAACAAAUUAUGUAGUUGGAAGGGGGAUUGGUUGACCACAAUAUUUAAUUCUCUCAAUUUAUUCAUUACACAUUUUUCACUAAUAUAAAAAAACAACAGAUUUUUUAGAUUCUAAGAUUUAAGAUUUAGUCAUCCUGCGUGAGUACGAAAGCAGUAUAACAGUAUAUACGUGCAUAUAAAAUGUAUACGCAUUAGAACGUGUGUUUCCUAUAACUGCAUACAAUAAUUUCACUAAGAGCAGUAUUUGCAUAAUCCGAUCUUACAUUUAUAAUUGUCUGAAGAUCAGAUUAUGAAUACGGACCUUUAACAUUUGCUCAUAUUUACUGAUUAUUACUAAAAGAAAGAGAAUAUGGAGUUUCAAACGUUUCUAACAAUCAUAGAAAUUCGGUUAAUGUCACCUUUAGCCAACUAUGUUAAACAUUUCAACAAUUUGAAAUCAAUGUAUAGGUAUGUAUUUGAUAAAACUAAGUCUAUUUAUGAAUUGAACGAGUGCUUUUGAACAAUAAAUAUCUCCAUAAAAUCAAACAUGUCGAAAAACCAUAUGCGCAAUAAAAGAUAUUAUUUAAUAAGAUGAUAUAUGUGUGUGUGUGUGUGUGUGUGUGUGUGUGUGUGUGUGUGUGUGUGUGUGUGUGUGUAUAUAUAACGUCAGGCUUAUAAUAUUUUAUAUAUAUAUAUAUAUAUAUAUAAAAUAUAUAAAAAAAAAAUAUAUAUAUAUAUAUAUAUAUAACCAGUGACUGUCAAUAAUGUAUAGUCCAACUCUUUCAUAACUCUAUAUCCUCUAAAAUAAUAUGAACUCGUUUUUAAAAGUUUUGAGAACCACAAUAUUUGAGAUUCAAUAAAAUGGUUGUAAUAUCUUGUUCUUUCGACGUCGAUUUUGCCUCGAUACUUACAUUCGAGUACGAUCGCUGGCAAAUUGUCGCUCGUAAAUACAAUUUGUACACGUAAAUACAAAUACGAAGACGAA